GCUGCAGAGUUAUUCCUCCAGGUGAACGAACGUUGGCUCUUGUAUUGUUGCGAUUGAAAGAAGUUUGGGAGAAAAACCUAAGAAGCAGGGACCUGAUUGUAUCAUGGGUCGACUUGAUGGGAAAGUCAUCGUUUUGACUGCUGCUGCUCAAGGAAUUGGUUGGGCAGCUGCUUUAGCCUUUGCCAAAGAAGGGGCCAAAGUCAUAGCCACUGAUAUCAAUGAAUCCAAACUUCAAGAGUUAAAUGCGUAUGCAGGCAUUCAAACUCGAGUUCUUGAUGUGACAAAAAAGGAACAAAUUGAGAAGUUCUCCAAGGAAAUUGAAAGACUUGAUGUUCUUUUUAAUGUUGCUGGAUUCGUCCAUCAUGGAAACAUCCUGGAGUGUGAGGAGAAAGACUGGGACUUUAGCAUGAAUUUGAAUGUCCGAAGCAUGUACUUGAUGAUUAAGGCAUUUCUUCCUAAAAUGCUUGCCCAAAAAUCUGGCGUCAUUAUCAAUAUGUCCUCUGUGGCUUCCAGCAUCAAAGGAGUUGUCAACAGAUGUGUAUACAGCACGUCCAAAGCAGCUGUGAUUGGACUGACAAAAUCCAUAGCUGCUGAUUUCAUCCAGCAGGGUAUCAGGUGCAACUGUGUAUGUCCAGGAACUGUUGAUACUCCUUCUCUGCAUGACAGAAUCCAGGCUAGACCAAACCCCAAAAAGGCAAUGGAUGAUUUUUUGAAAAGACAGAAGAUGGGAAGAAUGGCAACUGCAGAAGAAGUGGCCUUGUUGUGUGUAUACUUGGCCUCUGAUGAAUCUGCCUACAUGACUGGUAAUCAUGUUAUCAUUGAUGGAGGCUGGAGUUUGUGAUUUCUAUAAUGUUGGAAAAGAAGCCCUUUCCUACAUAAAUGCUUGGAUGUAAGCUUGGAUGUGAAUUGUAAACCCCUAACAAAUUUAUAUAUCACUUUAUAAAAGUCACUGGUCUAAAUUUCAUUGCUAAAUGAUAAUGUUGAAUUUAAUUGUUUUUCAUAUGAACAUAAUCAAAGUGAUGAUUCAAUUAGGUAUUUAAUCUAUUGCACAAUUCUGAAAUGUUCUUGAUCUUCUGUCUUGAUUUAUACUCAGAAUAAAAUUACAUUGUGCUCUGUUGUUUUUUAA